AUGCUAUACCCUACAUUUAGGGUCAAAAAGAGAAGGCAAACAAGCGUCAUCCCUACCUCAUCGUGUACACAAUACGUCGAUAGGAGAACGAACGGUUCGUUGGUGCGAGGCAGAUUCCAUCCGGUGCUGGACGAUGGGAGGGAGCCUCGGACGAUGAAGAAAACAGACGAGGGGAAGGGUGAACGAAUGGCUUAUGAACGCGCCGUUACACAUCUGGAAGGAACCUGCCUCUGGUCCGACGUCAACUUUGAUCCAGUCAUCCUGGACGUCGAAUUUGAGGUUCAAGGAGUUCAACGCGCGCGAACGGCUCUCUUAAAGCUCAGUGGUCUCUCAAGAGUUCUAAUUCCAGGAGUAGUCGCUGCAGAAUCAGAUAGUUCACCGAUGCUCCUUCGUAAUGUGUCGGACGGAGAUAAGUCAAGGAAUAGUCUUCGCCUUGAAUGA